AUGUUUGGCGAUAUAGCUACUCUGCAGUCGUUGGCUUUAGAAUAUUGUGGUGAUGUCGGUCAAAGCUUCUCACUCUCACAUGUCAGGUCGAGGUUACUGGUCGGUCCGUUCUUUGGCCCGCAGACCCCUACCCUACAUCACACAAUAUCACUCGCCGGCCACGAUUUCAUGGAAAGGAGAUUCAUGUUGAUUAAUGAUGGAUUGAUUGUGUAG